UCGGCUUGAAAAUAUCUAGACAUAUGGAUCAUGUUCGGUUUCUUUUGUCAGUCUUUAGACAAAGAUCUAUUUACCCACGGCUUAAAACAUGUCUUUGGAGAGAGACUUGAGGUUCGAAGUAACCAAUCCUUUACACAAAAGAUUGGAUGGGGUUAUGUUUGGUGAAAGGAAAUUGGUACCCACGGCUUUAAACUUUAGUCUUUAGAUUGAAAUUGAACAUUGAUCCUUCUUGGUACACAUGGCUUGAAAAUCUCUCGACAUAUGGAUCAUGUUCAGUUUCUUGUUUCAGUCUUUAGACAAAGAUCAAGUUACCCACGACUUAGAAAAGUCUUUAGACAGAGACUUGAGUCUUUAGACAAAGCUCAAGAUACCCACGGCUUAAAACAGUCUUUAGACAGAGACUUGAGGUUCAAAGUAACUAAUCCUUUAGACAAAAUAUUGGAUUAG